ACUUCCUGUCCCGAGAAGUCCGACUCGGUGCACUUUUUUUUUCUUCUUCUACGCGUGAAGCUCCAGCAAAGUCAGAGAUCAAAAUUCCAGUGUCAUCUAAGUGGAGAGGCAGACCCUCAUUCUGUCUGUUUGGGGAGCAGUCCUUUUAGUAGUGACACUGACAGACCCUGAGGCUUGGAAAAGUACUAAUGGCUUUCGGCCUGGGUUGGAAAAAUUCCAGGAGUCAAUGGCGUUUGCUGCAGACUGUGAGCGGUGGGGUCCCCCUGUUACCCUGGAGGACAGCAGGGAGCUGUUUGGACCCUGAGAUGAAAGCCUACCUGGAGGAGAAUACUGAAGUCACCAGCAGUGGCAGCCUUACCCCUGAAAUCCAGUUACGGCUUUUGACCCCCAGGUGCAAGUUCUGGUGGGAAAGGGCUGACCUGUGGCCCUACAGUGACCCCUACUGGGCAAUCUACUGGCCAGGAGGCCAGGCCCUCUCUAGGUAUCUUUUGGAUAACCCUGAUGUUGUUAGAGGAAAGUCGGUCUUAGAUCUUGGGAGCGGAUGUGGAGCUACAGCAAUUGCUGCUAAUAUGAGCGGAGCAUCAGAGAUCUUGGCCAACGACAUAGACCCCUUUGCAGGAAUGGCGAUUACACUAAAUUGCAAAUUAAAUGGACUGAAUCCGUUUCCCAUUUUAACCAAAAACAUUUUGAAUAUGCAACCACGUAAAUUUGAUCUCAUUGUUCUUGGAGAUAUGUUUUAUGAUGAAGACCUUGCAAACACUCUUCAUUUGUGGCUGGAGAAGUAUUUUUGGACCCAUGGAACCCGAAUAUUGAUUGGUGACCCUGGGAGGCCCCAGUUCAGUGGACACAGCAUUCAGCAUCAGCUGCACCAACUAGAAGAGUACACACUUCCAGAGCCAACUCAGCAGGACAACAACGGACUGACCACAAGUGCAGUGUGGGAUUUUCAUCCCUGAUAUGUCAGAGUGCUUUCAAGUGUUUGUAUUAAACUCUAAAAAUUUCCUCUGUGGGAUGUAGUUUAAAGAAUGCAGUUCAGUGGGGUGGGUGGCUUGAGGCUUAAAUACCACCACGUGGGAGACUGAGGUGGGUUGAUCUCUCUGAAUUUGGAGCCAGAAUGGUCUACAUGGUGAGUUAGUUCCAGGACAGCCAGAACUACGUAGUGAGACUCUAAUGGAGGGAGUUAUUUAAAAUUUCUCUCUUCAGCCCUGCACAGUGGUGCCUGCUUUUACAGGUGGAUCUCUGAAUUUGAGGCCAGCCUGGUCUACAGAGUGAGUUUCAGGACAGCAGAGCUACACAGUGAGACCUGGUCUCAAAACAAACAAAUAGAAAUUAGUAAGUAAAUAAAAAGAGAGGAAAUUUCACCUUCUUUUGCUAUUCUACCUUGAAUAACUCUGUAUGGUUUACUAAAGUUAGUAAUGGUUAUGCUUCCAUUUCAUAUACCUGGUUGGCAGGAUUUUAUAAGAACAAAAUACUCUAAGCAAAAUGUGAAUAAUACAUUUCACACACAACUGAUUAUGUAGAAGGUAUAUCUUAUAUGUAUGGAUAUAACAUACACAAUUUGUUACAGUAUUAAUAAAAUAUC